CCCCCUCCCGCCGCCCUCCUCUCCCCUACCUUCCUCCACCCCUUCCUCUCCCUCCCCUCUCCCUCCUCCUCCUCCUCCUCCCUCUCCUCCAGCUCAGGUUGCAGCUUCUCGGGGAGCCACUCACCUUUCGGGAGCUGGGGAAGCGGCCCCGCGCUGGGGCAGGGACCGACCCCAGCAGGGCUCAGGGCGCAGGGCGCAGGGCGCGGCGCCCAGCCCCGAAGCCUCCGGGCCGUGGCGGGCUGGCGCGCGGCGACCCAGGACACGCGCGGGCGGUGCGGUGAGUGCGGCCGGCGGGCAGCGAGCUGCGCGAGCAGGGAGGUCGGAGGAGGGGGCACCGCGGCGCGGGGGAACCGAGCAAAGCAGGUGGAGAACAGCUGGUCCCCAUCCCUCUGCAUCUCUUCGGUCCUGCAUUCCUGCUCAAGUCAGCUGCCCCCAGUUCCACCCUCCCUUUGGCUCCCACCCUCUACCCCACCCCAGGACCCCACUGCUGGUCCCUGAUGAUCAUGAACAAGAUGAAGAACUUUAAGCGCCGGUUCUCACUGUCAGUGCCCCGCACAGAGACCAUCGAGGAGUCCUUGGCCGAAUUCACCGAGCAGUUCAACCAGCUCCACAACCGGAGGAACGAAGACCUGCAGCUCGGUCCUCUUGGCAGAGACCCCCUACCGGAGCCCAGUGCCUUCUUUCCUACAGACAGUGGGGAGGAGCCCGGGCAGCUGUCCCCUGGCAUGCAGUACCAGCGACGGCAGAACCAACGGCGCUUCUCCAUGGAGGACAUUAGCAAGAGGCUCUCUCUGCCCAUGGAUAUCCGCCUGCCCCAGGAGUUCCUCCAGAAGCUACAGCUGGAGAGCCCGGAUCUGCCCAAGCCACUCAGCCGCAUGUCCCGCCGUGCCUCCCUGUCAGAUAUCGGCUUUGGGAAACUAGAAACAUACGUGAAGCUGGACAAACUGGGGGAGGGCACCUAUGCCACCGUCUUCAAGGGGCGCAGCAAGCUGACAGAGAACCUGGUUGCCCUGAAGGAGAUCCGGCUGGAGCACGAGGAGGGGGCGCCCUGCACUGCCAUCCGAGAGGGCGGGCCUGUCUCUCCAGUGUCUCUGCUGAAGAACCUGAAGCACGCCAAUAUUGUGACCCUGCACGACCUCAUCCACACAGAUCGCUCCCUCACCCUGGUGUUUGAAUACCUGGACAGUGACUUGAAGCAGUAUUUGGAUCACUGUGGAAACCUCAUGAGCAUGCACAAUGUCAAGAUUUUCAUGUUCCAACUGCUCCGAGGACUGGCCUACUGCCACCGACGCAAAAUCCUGCACCGGGACCUGAAACCCCAGAACCUGCUCAUCAAUGAGAGAGGCGAGCUGAAGCUGGCCGACUUCGGACUGGCCCGGGCCAAGUCGGUGCCCACAAAGACCUACUCCAAUGAGGUGGUGACCCUGUGGUACAGGCCUCCGGAUGUGCUGCUGGGAUCCACAGAGUACUCCACGCCCAUCGAUAUGUGGGGCGUGGGCUGCAUCCACUACGAGAUGGCCACCGGGAGGCCCCUCUUCCCGGGCUCCACGGUCAAGGAGGAGCUACACCUCAUCUUCCGCCUCCUUGGGACCCCUACAGAAGAGACGUGGCCCGGCGUGACCGCCCUCUCAGAGUUCCGAGCCUACAACUUCCCGCGGUACCUCCCGCAGCCGCUCCUCAGCCACGCCCCCAGGUUGGACACGGAUGGCAUCCACCUCCUGACCGGCCUCCUCUUGUAUGAAUCCAAGAGUCGCUUGUCAGCAGAGGCAGCCCUGAAUCACCCCUACUUCCGGUCUCUAGGAGAGCGAGUGCACCAGCUGGGAGACAGAGAUCCAGCUCCAGAAGGACCCAGGUUACCGUGGCUUAGCCUUCCAGCAGCCAGGACGAGGGAAGAGCCGGCGGCAGAGCAUCUUCUGAGCUGGGCCCACCCUGCUGUGGCUCAAGGGACAAGAGGUCACAUGGAAUCCAAGUUUGGGUAGGAUGGGACCGUUGGAGGACUGAGGAGUGAGAGCCGGCGGCUGGAAGACUGCGUGGCAGCCUUGCUGGUCACACCUGUUUCCUCCCCCUACUCCCCACACACCUCCCUGGUGACCUUUGCCUGGACACCAACCCUUCUGUCACCCACCCUGAGUUGCUCCUCUGAGAGGAGGUGAGGGAGCAGGGAGAGACCUCGGACCCUCUCCCAGCCCGAAGUGCUUGGGUGUCAGCGUGGGACCCUCCAGGACAGACAGGAGAAUCCAGGUGCCAGCUGAGCACAGUGUCCCACGUGCCUCCCUCUGGGGAUCCCCUUUCUGACCCCAUAGAGCCACAUACAUUUCAUCCUCUCCUUGGAGAGCAGGAAGGGGCAUGGCACCUUGUCUGGGACCCUGGAACACUGGGUGCUGAUGUGUGCCUAAGGCCACCCCCCACCUCAGGGGCGGAUGUCUCUGUUGCAGAAGGAGCGGCAGCCUGUCUUCUUGUCCUCCCAGCCUGCUGUCCUUCCCCUCCUCACCAGAGGCCCCGCAUGCUCCCUGGCUUGAACCAAGGCCGAGCAGCACCAGCCUGCCCCUGGAUGCCCAGCUGCGUCUGGAGGUGGCCUGGUACUGCAGGCCGCACUCCUGCCACCUCGGCCAGUCCCCACCCGUCUCCCCAGUCCCGAUGGAGUUGCCUUAAUUUGGCAGGUGGUAGAGUGUGCACUGCCCUUGGAGCUCUGACCCAGCUCCUACUGUCCCCCUUCCCAAGAACCACCCCUGCUUUUCUUAUCAUCCCUGAGUGCUGAUAAGUCAGGGUCACCCUGACACUGGUCCCAGGCCGGCCUCUGCCCUUCGGGGCUGGCACAGCCUUCCCUGUCCUGUGGGGCUGUUCACCUGAACCUGGCACCAACUUCCCCAGAAGGUGGUCAUGAGUGGGAUGGAUGUCAGUGUCACAGGCUGAGGUAACGUGGGAUGGGAACAGGUGUCACCCCCCCCAGCACCCCCUUGUAUUCCCAAGGUUUCCUCAACAUGGGGUCGAAUCUUGAAGGGUAAAGGCUGAGGGGAGGCCAGACCCUGGCUUCCUCCGUGAGCCCCCUCCCAGCCCAACCCCCUCUGCCUGAGGAGUAGCCCUGGAGUCUGGGCGCCCCAGCCCUCCACUCCUCCCCCGCUGUACUGUGAAUAUCCUGUGACUCAGCACAAAGACAGAUAAUAUAUUUAAUUCAUGUUGUACGGAAA